AUCCUCUUAUGCAUUUUCUCUCCCAAAACACACUUGCAUGUACCCAAAAUUCCAAUAAUUUUAUUUUGUUUCACCACACUUGUCAACUUCAACUCCAUCCAUGGCUAACUCAAACCUUAGAAUCACCAUUGAAAGAAACCCUUCUCAGUCACGCCUAGCUGAGUUGAACAUCAAGUGCUGGCCCAAGUGGGGUUGUUCUCCAGGGAAGUACCAAUUGAAGUUUGAUGCAGAAGAGACAUGCUACUUGUUGAAAGGGAAGGUGAAGGCAUACCCAAAAGGUUCAUCAGAGUUUGUGGAGUUUGGAGCUGGAGAUCUUGUGACAAUUCCUAGAGGAAUGAGUUGCACUUGGGAUGUGUCUGUUGCAGUUGAUAAGUACUACAAGUUUGAAUCAAAUUCUUCUUCAUCAUCAUCAUCGUGAUGAUAAUAAGUUAGUGUUAAUUAUGGAUGGAACUCUAGCAUUCUCUGAUUUUGAUUAUGAUUUAGGUUAAUUUGUUUUUGAUAAUGUUGUUGUUUGGUUUUGGUGGGAAUUGAAUAUGGCUGACAGAAAGAGAGAUAUAAUAAUUAUUUGAGUCAAAGAAUGAGAAAACAUAUCAGUCAAUGCAUGUUGUGUUCAAACCAA